AUGGCCGCAGCGCUAUGGAGCGACCUGAAAGGCCAAGUGGCCAAAAUGAGUGGCACCCACUUGCGGACGCUUCUUCAAGACCAGGCGCGCAAUGAUUCCAUGUUCGUGCAAAGCGGGCAGAUCGUCUUGGACUACUGCCGGCAGAAGGUUGACACUGAGACCAUGUCGAAGCUUUUCGAGCUGGCCGAUAAGGCUGGCGUGGAGCAGAAAAAGACGAAGAUGUUCGCUGGGGAGAAGAUCAACGAGACCGAGGGCCGCGCAGUGCUGCACCCCGCCCUUCGGGCGCCCCGGGACGCGGCCAUUUCCGUGGAUGGCCAAAACGUGGUCCCCGAGGUGUGGAAAGUCUUGGACGCCAUGAAAGGCUUCUCUGACAAGGUCCGCUCCGGGGAGUGGAAAGGCCACACCGGCAAGGCCCUCACGGACGUGGUGUGCAUCGGGAUUGGUGGCUCCUACUUGGGCGUCGAGUUCGUCUACGAAGCCCUGAAGACCUGCCCCGAGGCCGCCGCCGCCGCCAACGGGCGAAAGCUCAGGUUCCUGGCUAACGUGGACCCCAUCGAUGUCAAGAGGGCGCUGGAGGGCCUGAACGCGGAAACCACCCUGGUAGUAAUCAUCUCCAAGACCUUCACCACAGCAGAGACCAUGCUCAAUGCCAAGACUGUCAAGGCUUGGUUGGUCAAGGAGCUCGGCAGCGAAGACUGUGUCGCGAAGCACGUGGUCGCUUGCUCCACGGCGCUGGACAAGACCAAGGCUUUUGGCAUCGACUCCAACAACGUCUUUGGAUUCUGGGACUGGGUGGGCGGUCGUUUCUCCGUGUGGAGCGCGGUGGGGGUGCUGGCCUUGUCUUUGCAGUACGGCUUUGGGACCGUCAACCAGUUCCUGGAAGGUGGGCACGCCAUGGACGAGCACUUCCAGAAGGCUUCGGCCAAGGAGAACCUGCCGUUGAUCCUGGGCUUGCUGGAUGUCUGGAACGGCAGCUUGCUGGGCUACGAGGGGGUCGCCAUCCUGCCCUACUGCCAGGCGCUGCUCCGUUUUGUGCCCCACAUCCAGCAGCUGGACAUGGAGAGCCGGGCACUGUGGAAAUCGCCCUUCCGGUGA